AUGACUUCAAAUCAAAGAUAUGGUGAUUUCGAUACCCACUUUCUCAAAGGUUUAGACGAAGUGGGUUCGGAUGGUGUGCUUUCUAUCAAUAAAUCCUCGAGAGAUAUAAGCCAUUUCCCUGAAUUUUUACCUACUUGGGAUCCAAGUGAGAAAUAUCCUCCACUAAAAUUUUUUAAUUAUGAAGAUGUUGGUAAGAAAGCCGAUCCUUCAUUUCCAAACUUGUUUGCUAAGGAUAUUGAAUAUAAGAGAAAAAAUAUAACCCCUAAAUUAGGUACUGAAAUCCACGGGAUCCAACUUUCUCAAUUAGAUGAUCAGGGUAAGAAUGAAUUGGCCUUGUAUGUUGCUCAAAGAGGUGUUGUUGUUUUCAGAGAUCAAGACUUUAAUCAGCAUGGUCCCGGGUUUGCAGUUGAUUAUGGUAAAUAUUUUGGUCCAUUACAUAUCCAUCCAACUUCUGGAGCUCCAAGAGGUCAUCCGCAACUACACAUUACUUACAGACGUCCCGAUCCAACUGAAUUUUCAAGAGUGUUUGCCACCAGAAACCAGGCAGUGAAUUGGCAUAGUGAUGUAAGCUACGAACUUCAACCUCCCGGAUACACCUUCUUUAGUGUUCUAGAAGGACCAGAAUCAGGCGGUGACACUAUCUUUGCUGAUACCGUUGAAGCUUACAAAAGAUUAUCACCAGAAUUCCAAAAAAGGUUAGCUGGCUUACACGUCUUACAUACUUCUCAAGAUCAAGCGUCUAAUUCGAAGACUCAAGGAGGCAUUGAAAGAAGAAAACCGGUCUCAAAUAUCCACCCUUUGAUUAGAACUCACCCAGUAACUGGGGAAAAAUCAAUAUAUUUAAACAGACCGUUUUCAAGAAAGAUUGUUGAAUUGAAAGAAGAAGAAUCCGACUAUUUACUCAAAUUCUUAUACUCUCAUAUCGAACAAGCCCAUGACCUACAAUUAAGAGCUCGAUGGGAACCAAAUACCGUUGUUGUCUGGGACAAUAGAAGAUCGGUACAUUCUGCCAUCAUUGAUUGGAAUACCCCUGUUCAUCGUCACGCCUUCAGAAUCACUUCUCAGGCUGAAAGACCAGUUGAAGACUUGAAAGAUUUAAAUAAGCCUGAAGAUACCAUUGCAGAUAUCGAACACGCAUUGAAUAAAUCUUUCCAAUAA